UUCAUGUUUUCUGUGGCAAUGAUCCAGCGUUUCCGGUUGCCCCCAGCAACCAGAGCUAUAUCUGCUGACCUGUGCAGAGUGAGGGACAGGACUCCAGUGACCCUGUGAGAUAGCAACACUUAGAAAGAAGAAAGCUGAGGCUGAGUGACUUAUUAAGGGUCACGGGCCGAUGUGACUCCUAAUCAGACUCUCAUCUCCCACCUCGAUUCUCCUGGAGACCCCUCUCCGGCAGCCGGAGUGGAAACAACUACCUUCCCGGUAUAACCAAUCCCGGAGCGACUCUUGGGUCGCGUGACUAGGGAACAGGUCCCGCCCCUCGGAGCCGUCAAAACAAUUGCCUCGAGCGGCAGCCAUGAUAGAUUUAAAGGGGCAGUACCGGCAGGAGCGGCAGCCAGAUCAACAGACUGCGGAACGCCAGACUCAAAAACUCCGCCCCCCGCGAUUCUUCCCGCCCCUCGACAUCCGGACGGACGGACCGACGGCCUGCCCCGCCCCCUGCGCUACCGACUGACUCAGUAACCUCGGGAUUGUCAGGCCCCAGGUCUUUGCUCGCGACGUGGACCUCGGUCGCCCACCCGCAUCUUCUGCCGUCACCCCGGCCCAUUUCUCUCUAUCCACACCCUGGGCCUCAGGGCAGGUCGACAGCCUGGGACACUUCUCCACCGCAGUCCCAGGCCGCCCGGGAGAUCAACUCCCAGCGCCGCAUUUCCCUGCGAUCCCACAGCCGCUCAGCGGACCUGCCAUUCUUCCCAGCAUCUUCGGGCUUCUGGGAGGCACCCUAAGGUGACUCCUCUCAGAGUCUGUUAGUGUGUGGUCGUGAUAGACACAAAGCCAUAGAAGUGACUGGGUUAGGAGUGACCAGGUCUUCCUUCUCCCCCGUUCCCAGACACGCCCCUUGCCGCAGGUCUCAGAUUCAAUCUCACUCCCUUCUUGGGAGAAAAUAGCUCCCCAGGCUUGGCCUGGGAGGUUGGCUUGGGGAAGGAGGAGGGACGUUGGUCGUCUUUGAAGACCUGUAGGCAACGGAGGGAGGGCGUUUGUCCUGGGUGGGGCUCCAUGCCAGGUCCUCUGGGUGGCUGUGAAGUGGUGAGGGAAGGGGUGGGAACGCUGGACUUCUGGACUUUGGGCAGGGCAGAUCCUCCUGAGUCCCUGGCUGCUUGAACAGAGUUUCUUCCGGGCUCCUGCCUGAACACCACAACCAAGGGCUCUAUACAGCCCAGGCAAGGUCCCCCAGCCAGGAUGUCCGGCCUGGUGUUGGGACAGCGGGAUGAGCCUGCAGGGCACCGGCUCAGCCAGGAGGAGAUCCUGGGGAGCACUCGUCUGGUGAGCCAGGGGCUGGAAGCCCUCCACAGUGAACACCAGGCUGUGCUGCAAAGCCUCUCCCAGACCAUCGAGUGUCUGCAGCAGGGCGGCCAUGAAGAAGGCCUGGUGCAUGAGAAGGCCCGGCAGCUGCGCCGUUCCAUGGAAAACAUCGAGCUGGGGCUGAGUGAAGCCCAGGUGAUGCUGGCUUUGGCCAACCACCUGAGCACAGUGGAGUCGGAGAAACAGAAGCUGCGGGCGCAGGUCCGGCGGCUCUGCCAGGAGAACCAGUGGCUCCGGGACGAGCUGGCCGGCACCCAGCAGCGGCUCCAGCGCAGCGAACAGGCUGUGGCUCAGCUGGAGGAGGAGAAGAAGCACCUGGAGUUCCUGGGGCAGCUGCGGCAGUACGACGAGGAUGGGCACGCUGCGGAAGAGAAGGAAGGUGAUGGCUCCAAGGAUUCCCUGGAUGACCUCUUCCCCAACGAGGAGGAAGAGGACCCCAGCAAUGGCUUGUCCCGUGGCCAGGGCGCCCAGCACAGCGGCUAUGAGAUCCCGGCAAGGUUGCGGACACUGCACAACCUGGUGAUCCAGUACGCAGCCCAGGGUCGCUAUGAGGUGGCCGUGCCGCUCUGCAAGCAGGCGCUGGAGGACCUGGAGCGCACAUCUGGCCGCGGCCACCCUGACGUGGCCACCAUGCUCAACAUCCUGGCUCUAGUGUAUCGGGACCAGAAUAAGUACAAGGAAGCGGCCCUCCUGCUCAAUGAUGCCCUCAGCAUCCGGGAGAGCACCCUGGGCCGGGACCACCCUGCCGUGGCGGCCACACUCAACAACCUGGCUGUGCUCUAUGGGAAGAGGGGCAAAUACAAGGAGGCGGAGCCGCUGUGCCAGCGGGCACUGGAGAUUCGAGAAAAGGUCCUGGGUACCAACCACCCGGAUGUGGCAAAGCAGCUGAACAACCUGGCCCUGUUGUGCCAAAACCAGGGCAAGUAUGAGGCUGUGGAACGCUAUUACCGGCGGGCACUGGCCAUCUAUGAGGGGCAGCUGGGGCCGGACAACCCUAACGUAGCCCGGACCAAGAACAACCUGGCUUCCUGUUACCUGAAACAAGGCAAGUAUGCUGAAGCGGAGACUCUCUACAAGGAGAUCCUGACGCGUGCCCAUGUGCAGGAGUUUGGCUCUGUGGAUGAUGACCACAAGCCCAUCUGGAUGCAUGCAGAGGAGCGGGAAGAAAUGAGCAAAAGCCGGCACCGCGAGGGCAGCACACCCUACGCUGAGUAUGGAGGCUGGUACAAGGCCUGCAAAGUGAGCAGCCCCACAGUGAACACGACCUUGAGGAACCUCGGAGCUCUGUACAGGCGCCAGGGAAAGCUGGAGGCAGCUGAGACCCUGGAGGAAUGUGCCCUGCGCUCCCGGAAACAGGGCACUGACCCGAUCAGCCAGACCAAGGUGGCCGAGCUGCUUGGGGAGGGUGACAGUGGAAGGACCCCCAACGAGGGCCUGGGGGGCAGCGUGAAGUUUGAGGGAGGUGACGAUGCCUCGGUGGCUGUGGAGUGGUCAGGGGAUGGCAGUGGGGCGCUGCAGAGGAGCGGCUCUCUGGGCAAGAUUCGAGAUGUGCUUCGUAGAAGCAGCGAACUCCUGGUGAGGAAACUCCAGGGGUCUGAGCCCCGGCCUUCCAGCAGCAACAUGAAGCGGGCAGCCUCCUUGAACUAUCUGAACCAGCCCAGUGCAGCGCCCCUCCAGGUCUCCCGGGGCCUCAGUGCCAGCAGCAUGGACCUCUCUUCAAGCAGCUGACAUUCAGCUUACACCCCACGUCUGCUGGGUCCCCCCACAGCCCUCACAGCAUUCCCUGUUGCUCCUGGCUCUUCCAGCCCCAAGGUGGGACAGUGAAGGGGGAGCAGUUAACCCGAAGAUUGCUGCUGCCCUUAGGGUCUCAGCCCCCUCCUCAGGAAUCCCCUUCAGGAAGGACCCUCAGGACAUCCUCCCCCCACCCUGUGGUCCUCUAGAGUAGCUAGCUCUACUACUAGGGCCCCCAAAGUGGGUAAGAAGCAGGUACGCACCUCAGAGAUGCAGCCUGCUGCUGGCUUUUCUGUCAGAGGGCUUGGGGCUGGCCAGCCAACCUGCCUUGCCCUGGCCUGUCUUGUUCCCUCUGCUGCCUCACUUCAGGUCCAUGUAUUUCACUUUUCUUAAAUAAAAGAAUCAGGUAACCAUUGA